UGAAAGGGUAUAAAGCUUUCUGGACAUGUAUUAUAACCAAUUAUUUAGUAGCAAGUGUCACAGGUAAUGUCUCUAUUUCCCAGGGAGAUGACAGCCUGUCUGUGAUAACCUGUGAAUCAGAUACAGACAUGAAGUUAAAGAAGAAAAUUUUCCACAAGCCUCCAAAGUCACCAAAGUCUCCCUACAGCUCUAGCACACAGCUGUAUCCUAAGAAAGCUGCAGUUUGGCGAUCUCUGCAGGGAACAGGCAGUGCAUGUCUCGAGGGUGCAGCUGUAAAAAACCCAAGGCAGAUGUUGCUGGGUUCACUGAAACAAGGAAUGAGCCAUUCUCUGAAAUCGGAUGCUGACGUGGGGCAUAUGCGAACUAACAUUUCUAGUAGCACUCCAGAAUAUUUGAAGGAAGCUCUAGGAAUGAAGAAGCCAAAACAUUCUCGUUCUUCUAGUAAUGGCUACAUUCCUGGAACUCCUGACUACAAAGAAAAGGAAGAUAUGUAUGAUGAAAUCAUAGAGCUGAAAAAGACAAUACAAGCUCAGAAAAAUGAGGGAGAUCGAAUGAAAACUAAGCUCCGUCGACUAGAAGAAGAGAACAAUAGAAAGGAUAAACAGAUUGAACAACUGUUGGAUCCUUCCAGGGGCUCUGAGCUGGCACGAGCUUUGUCAGAAAAGAAGACUGAUAAUGGAUGGGUGGUUAGUGGAUUAAAGCAGAAGAUUUUCAAGCUAGAACAACAGUGCAAGGAGAAAGACAACACUAUUAACAAAUUCCAAGCAGACAUGAAGACCACUAAUUUGGAAGAAAUGAGAACAGCUGUGGAAACCUACUAUGAAGAGGUUCAUCGUCUCCAACUCCUCCUGGCACAAUCUGAGACUAUGAGGAAAAAUACAGAGGGCAGAGAUACCCAAAAACGACUAAAGGCAUUGAAUGCUGCUGUCCUGAGGUUAUCCAGGAACAUCAAGGAAUUGCAGGAUGAGAAUCGGAGGCUGAAAGAAGAUCUCAAUCAUGUACUGAGCAGUUCUCCUCCUUCCAAUAAAACAAAAAAUUAUAGUGAGUGGAGCAGACAGAGGCUGGUGAGGCGGAUUUCGGAACUAGAAAAAAAAGUAUGUGCCAUGGAGAAUACAAGGGUGUCAUCAGCAGAUAGUGAGUCAUCACAGUUACUUGCUGUGUCAUCUUCACCUUCUGUUGACCUGGAUCAUCCAGCUUCUCAACAGGUAGACCAUGUUGAGGAAGAAAGUUGCCUCCAAGGGCUAGUGAAGAAACUGAAGAGUGAUAGGAAGGCACUUCAAAAUCUGCUACUCAAUAAAGAAUUAGAUAUCAAGCAGUUACUGCAGGCUAAGGCUGAAGUGGAGCUGGAGCUGCAGAAGUGGCAGAAUAAGAUGGAAGAAAAGACUACAGAAGAGCAGACUUUAAGUGAGGAAAUCCAGAACCUGACACAGAAAGUAGGGAAGUUGGAGUCAAAAUUGGAGAAAGAGAAGAGACAAAUGGCAGAAGAUACAAUGGAAAAGGUUAAUGAGUCUUCACCAGUCUGCACAGUUAAAGGGAAAGAAGAUCACAAGAAGGAACAAGCAGCCAAAAUCAUCCAGAGACAGUGGAAGAUGUACCGAAAGAAGAAAGAAGAAAUUGCUCUGGAUGAGGCAGUCGUUAUGCUUCAGGCAGCUUUCAGAGGACAUUUAGCUCGACAGAAACUGUUACAGAAUAACAGGAUGCAUGAUGCAAAAUCUCACAACAAGAUCUCCUGCAUGCCUCCUGUGUCAAACUCCUUGAGCUUGUCUUCUGAUGGUGAGGAGAAAGAUGAGAUUGUGACAUUCAUCCAGUCCAUUUUCAGGGCUCACUUAGCACGUACAGUUCUGCUUGAAGAGAGACCCUCUGUAUCCAGUGCACCAAGUGAGAAAGCAGAUUCUGCAGUGUACAUUACAGAGAAGAAAGCGGUCUCAGCAGCACUCCAGAGAACUCCUUCCAUCUUCAUGUCGUCUCUUCCUGCCAGGUCCUCUGAGCAGCAAUUGCAGCCUACUCCCUCCCUGUCUGUGGAUGAAGCUCACUCAGACGACUCAGAUGAUAUUGUCAUUGUCUCUCCAUCGUUGCAGACGAAGAAAAACUACACCCACUUUUAA